AUGUGUCGCCUCGUGCUCUUCGCGGGAACUUGCACGCGCUGCAACGAGUCCCUCACCUGGGCCGACCUCUCGCAGCAGCUGUCAUGUCUGGAGGCCAAGAACGCAGACAGCUUCGGUUCCUGUCGCCGCGGCGUCGAAAUCGAGACGCAUGCCUUCGACCAGGAGUGCGAUGCCUGUGCCGGCGAGGAUGAGGGUGUUGCGGGCAUGGAUUUUGGGGAGCAGGAGUACCAGCAAUAUCAGCCAUACCAACAACACCAAUCUGCAUCGGCAUCGGCAUCGACCCCGUCAAUAGCUCAAAGCUCAAGCAAGAGGGGCAGCGGCAGGGAAGACGGAGAAGGGAGGAAGAAGAAGAGAGCGAGGACGUGA